CCCCGCCAGGGGCUGGCGCUCCGCGGGCCCAGGAAAGCGGGGCCCCCAACAUGGCCACCCGGCCGUCCACAGAGCGGGCCGAGGAAACCUCCGCCUCCACUUCCGGAAUUUGAACCGGUUUCCGGAAGCCAGGACGGUGUCUCCAUGACAACCGACGUUGGGGCUUGAGGUGCGCUGCUUGAGGGCUAGCAGAGAAAGUGUCCGGAAGUCGGCGCCUUGUUGUUGUUUGGGUUUUGGCUUCUUGCCGAGGCAGCCCCGUUGUUAAAGCGGAUUCGGGGAGGCGAGGGGGCGUGCCCUGGGGCAAAGCGGGCCGGCGGGCGGCGGCAUCCCGGCUCCACUCCCCUGCCCGCUGGCGGGUGUCCUGAACUCUGCCCUGCAGGAUGGGGGUCGUGCUUUCCCGCCUUGCAGAGGAGCUGCCUCGGUGCUGGUGAGUACGCGAUAACUUCCAGUAUCUGAUGAAGGAGGAAGCUGGGCGCAGAGAAACCACGUUCCUGCCCGCAGCGGGCGGGCCUUCAGCAGGCGAGCUGGGCGAGGCUCCUGACCCUCAGCCUCUGUGAGAUGCGGGUACACGCACGCUAACAGCUGCUGCGCAGGCGGUGUGGGAUGAAACAAAGUAAGAGCACCCAGACCAGACUGCCUGGAUCCGAAUCCCAGCUCUGCCGCUUUCUAGCAGUGUGACCUUGGACAGAUCAGUUCAUCUCUCUGGACCUCAGUUGUCCCACCUGUAAAAUGGGGAGUAUCUUCUCCUUUGUGAGAUUUAAACAAUAGGAGUGCUUAGACUGGUCCCAGCACACAUGUAAAGGCUUGCAGCCGCAGCUCUUGUCUUAGAGUAAAAGGAGUAAAAGAAACGGCUCUGAUUCUUCUCCCUGGGCGCCGGGCGAGUCGGGCGCUUCCUGGGGGACGUGGAAUGCGCCCUCGGCGGCCGGCCGAGAGCAGAGGAAGAUGCUGCAGGCCAGCGGCUACAGCCUGGUGCUCUGCCUGCAGCUCCUGCUGCUGACCUACGACCUCUUUGUCAACUCCUUCUCGGAGCUGCUCCGCUCGGGGCCCGUCAUCCAGCUGGUGCUGUUCAUCAUCCAGGACGUCGCGAUCCUCUUCAACAUCAUCAUCAUCUUCCUCAUGUUCUUCAACACGUUCGUCUUCCAGGCCGGCCUGGUCAGCCUUCUGUUCCAUAAGUUCAAGGGGACCAUCGUCCUGACGGCCGUGUACUUCGCCCUCAGCAUCGCCCUCCACGUCUGGGUCAUGAACUCACGCUGGAAAGACUCCGACCGCUUUGUGUGGACAGAGGGGCUGCAAACGCUGUUUGUGUCCCAGAGGCUCGCGGCGGUCUUAUACUAUUACUUCUACAAACGCACGGCCGUGAGACUGGGCGACCCUCGCUUCUACCAGGACUCUGUGUGGCUGCGCAAGGAGUUCACGCAAGUCCGAAGGUGACGCGUCACACUGAUGGGCGCCUCCUGCCUGGCAGGGCCACGUGUGGAUCUGCGAGGGGGACGAUGGCUCCGGGCCCGGGACGCAGCCGGCAGGCUCAGGCCAGUUGUGUCCAGCAGCCGAGAAGCAAGAUCCUCCCUCUUGCAAACUCAGGUUCCCGUGCAGACUCCAGGCCAUGCCUAGCCCCCCGGCCCCUCUUGGCUCUGCCCGCUCCUCCCCCCUCUGCUCACAGGGCCCUCAGCUUUAUCCGUGGGAACUCCCCGCAUCUGCGCUCUGCUCCACAUACUAAGGACCAGGCGACACAGAGGGGUGUUUCUGUGCUGCUGACUGGCCACGCCUGGGACGUUGAGAUUCUGUGCCCAAGGCCCUUCCUGUUUCUUACGUUUUAUAAAUAGGAAAUAAAUGGAAGUUUGUCCAG